CCUUAAAUGGUAACUAGUAACCAUCAAGCAACGAGAACUGCAAACCAACCGGUCCGGUUCUGUUUCCUAGUCUGGUAAUACUAAAUUAAUGCACGUUUAUAAGCCUUUAAACAAUAUCGUUCAAUAUGUGCUAUCUCGGAUAGUUUGGUGUAAAUUUGAAUUGAUUUCUGAAACAUCUUGGAAGUUCUGUGUCUGCUGUUUUCCGUCCUUGUUCAAGUUAACAGUAAUUUAGUGACGUCGUUUGCGUCCUCUAACUUGGCUGGAAAUCGUUCUUCCGAAAACACCCAACUUAUAUUAAGACUGGCUUGUGUGUUGUCGACAGUGGACUAGGCCAAGAUAAUUUAUUUGCGACCAGUUUUCCGAUAGGAUGGGAAUAAUUACUAGCUAUUUUGGCAGAGAGCUUGAAAGAGAUGAUGAUCCAGAUCCGAAGACUGGAUUAACUUCCAGAGACAUUUCCGUGUUGAAAACGACAUGGAAGCGAAUUACUGAACGAGGAGGUACUUUAGAAAUCGGAAUAGCCAUUUUUACCAACUUAUUUGAAAAACACCCAGAAUAUCAACAAUUAUUCCCAUUUAAAAACCUACGAAGAGAAGAGCUGAAAACUAGUAAUAAGUUCCGAGCUCAUUGCAUCAGCGUAAUGUAUGCUUUAACUUGUAUAGUUGAAAAUGUUUCUGAGCCUCUCAUACUGGAACAGUUAUUGAUUAAGCAAUCAACCAGUCAUGUACUCAGAAACGUUCCAGAUCAAGCAUAUUGGGACAUUAAAACUGUAAUUUUAUCAAUAGUAGCAAGCUCGAUGAACCCAAGCGAAGUUUUUGUUUGGGAGAAGUUUCUGAAAUUUGCAUUUAGAAUUAUGGUAGCAACUGCUGAAGAAACCAGGAACAACUAGUGAACAUUGGACUCACUAUCAAAUUUACCAAAAGUACAUAUGUUUUGUAAAAAUAAGUAAUGAAAGUUUGUUACAAACCAGUGUAAAACUUCUUUUAAAAUAUAUCUGAGUGUAAUUUUUUAAAUCUUAGAUCAAUCAAAUAGUUGAGUACAAGCCUUGCUAAUUUAACUUUAGAUUAUCUAAGCAAUUUUUAUGUUGUAUGUCGUUAAUCUUCUUUUUAUUGUUUUCAACGUCAUUAAUUUUCUUGAAUUUAUUUUUAUUGGCGCUUCAUCUAUAUAUAUUUUGGUUUGUAUGUCUAGUUGUAUAUCAAAUAAAACAAACAAAGCAAAUUAGAAAAAUC